CCCGCUCUUUGUGUUGGGGUCGAAACGGGGGGCGUUGCAUCUCACUCACCCUUGAGCCUUUCCUUUCGUUUCCUUUUCCUUCGACAGACAGAUUAUUUCUAAUUUCUGACCAUGACUACUCGUUUGAGUUGCGUUGAGUUGAGUUGCGCCAUUCUUAGAUUUCACAACCAGACCAGCCAGGCAGCAAGGAAGUAAGGGAGUGAGUGAGUGAGUGUGUGAGUGUGAGAGAGCGAGAGGGAGAGGGAGAGGGGUAACCGAAAUAGGGUUUGGUUCCUGGUUUGCGUCGUGAGGCUGUAGUUCUCUCGCAUUGUUCGCAUUCCAUGAUAAUUUGGAGCUGUGUUGACUGUUGUGGCGGUAGGUUGGAUUCAGAAGCUUGGGAGAAAGAAAGGUAGAUAGGUAGGUAAAAAGGUAGGUUUAGUCAAUCACCGUGACGGUGCGAGUGAGAGAGGGUGUUUGAUGGAGUGAGAGGGGAUUUGGAUUGAGGCUUCUCCCAAGGAGCUGUUAUCGGGGAGCAAUGGCGAGUGUUGCAAGGGCUAUUGAGCAAGCAGCUUCGAAAGCGGUGAGUGGAGAGCUAUGGUGGGAACCUCACACUACGGUGUUUUACGAGUUGGACAACUGUGGCUUAGUUGAUGCACACGGGACAGUGGGCGUGGAAAGGGGUAAUUCCGAGGGCGAAGCUCAGUUGGUUGAAAAGCUGAAAGCAAAUCAUGGGUGGCUUUUGAACACCCUGUUAUCUUUCAAGCCGCCGAAUGAAGCAUCAAAAAGCGCUCUUGCAUCAUCCCGCAUUGAUGUGGGCAGCCAUUCUCUGGAGAUUAAACCCGAGUUGAGAGAUAUUGCUCUCCAAGUCAGCACUCACCUGGUCCUGGAUGAAGUGCAAGCUUAUAUAUUGCUGUCCAGGCAUAUAGAGUCGGGGGCGCUGGUGCCAUUUUCUGCCGACAGAGCAUUUUUACAAGCUAUAACUUUGUAUUACUAUGUGGAGCGCCAAUGUCUGCUGAAGAGUUGUCAGCUGUUGCUUACGUUUCAAAUGGCGGAUGAAGGUGAAUCGCUGAGCUCCUACAAGGCUAUGUGCUUGGAGGUUAAGCAACUAUUAGAAGAUGGUUUUGAGGAUAAGACACUUGCCAACUUAAAAGACCGCUUGGCCGUUGUACAGCCCCAGCAUUUAGAUCGAGAAUACACAGUGUUUUGGGCUGAAGAGACCGUUUUGGAACAAAGUUUGCUACUUGACGUUCUCUUUCUUUUGUACUACGAACCAUUGAAUUCUUGCAAAGCAGCUCGAUUUAAGGAGCUGCUAAGUUGCUUUCAGGGCACCGUCUUUGGAAGCGGGCACGGUGAAAGGCUUGUGUUUUCUACAGAAGCAGCGAGAUGCGUUGCGCAUGUACGACAGCAAGCAGUGCUUAUCCUGAUUGAAGCUUUAGACCUUGAGAAUUUGUUGUUAAUGGUUCAUGAUGAAACGCCUUUCAGCCAGGGCGGACACACAUUCUCUGUGGCAGAGGUUCAGGAGCUGGAUGGUAUAAUCGGCAAUCUCGACACAUCAGAAGCCCCAGAGUAUGCACCUCUUCUGUUGGGCUGGGCUACCUUCCUCUGCCUUGUAUCCUUCCUGCCAGUAUCUGGUGAUCAAGCUCCUUUUCAGGAAAUGGAUCUUUCUGCAUGCGUUCGGCAGGCAUAUGAUGGUGGAGCAUACAGUUAUCUGCUGGAAAUGCUCCGAAGUGACUCCUUUCAAGAAUCAGAUGUGCAAGUGGGUGGAUAUAAAAGUGUCGUGAAAACAUUGGCUGCAGCAUUUCUUGCAGCGUUCGAUUCUGCAACCCGGGUAUUUUCUAAGAUGGAUUACGAAGGCUACGACAUCCUCAUCAAUAUUUUUUGCGAAAUUUAUCGUGGUCAGGAAUCUCUUUGCUUAGAGCUAUGGGAUCGUGAUAGUGUAAUUGAUGGGCCCAUUCGAAAUUUAUUAUUCACGCUACGGGAGGAUUUCCCUUACCAAACUUUGUCGCUAGUGCGGCUGUUGGCUGCCCAAUGCAAAGGACCAUGGCCAGCUGAAUGUGUAUACGAUUUUCUCUACAAGAUGGUAAAAGUUACCUCCCUUUACCAGCAUCCGGAGGGAGCAGUUAUGUGCGAAAAGGGGAGUGUUUUGCAGACAAAUGUUACUCUUCUAGUUCCUGGUGCCCCUGGUCUAAUGAUUCCUCGGGGCACUUACGGACGCAUCUCGAGAGUCAUUGAUGGACGUGUCAGUCUUGUCCAUUGGGAGUGCGAACACAGUGGUAUUCUGAUUCUUCUGCUACGCAUGCUGCAACGUUCAGCCUCUGGUUACCUGUUGGAAGAGGUCCAUGCUAGCCUUGAUCUGUUGCAACAAAUGCUCUCUUCUAACAAGGUUCUAGCUCAGUUGUUGUUGGACCUGGAUGGUGCCGUGGCAACUGUGACUGCCCGCCGUGAUGGACGCAUGGAGGAUUUUCUGAGAAUUGAUGUUGUGGCUAUGAUUUGUGCCAUAAUCAACGGAUUGGCUCAAAGUCGUGGUAAUUAUGUCAUGUUGUCCUCCUGCAUGCAUAUACUUGGUUCUUUCGCGCUUUGCUCGCCUGAGCAAGUAAUGGAGGAGCUUGGGAGAACGAGUCUUCUUCAGCCGUUUGGCAGCUCCAUUGGUGGCGAGUGGGUCUCUACUGGAAGUCUUCUUCAAAUGCUUCUGCAGAAAGUAGAGCCGAGUAUUGGAGACUACCCUCUUGCUCUGGCUGCCCUUGGUUUUACCAAAACAAUAGUUGAGAAAGGUGUUGAAUCCGAAAUGUUAUCUUCUCUCGUCAUGUAUAUGGUGCGGGAGCUACUUCUGAACCAUGGAAACUGGAAAUACCAACAACCUCAUCAACGGUGGCAGAUCACUACUCAGACAUUGCAGGUUAGCUUGUCAGUACUGACAGGAACAUCAUCAAGAGUGUCAACUGGGAACUUACGAAGGGUGUUGCUAGAAACUUUUCUCUUCGACUCUAUUAUCCAAGAUUUCAUUUUCCAAAUUUUGUCCAUAGGUUCAACUUUAGAGGAGCUGCACUACAAUCGAUCAGUGAGACCCAGAGAACUGGAAUGGGUACAGUAUGCCCUACAUACAGUUCUUUUACUUCUGCACCAUGUCCUUCUUGAUGCGACUGUUGGCCCUGCAUCAAAAGAUUAUCCAGGAAUGUCACUGUUGGAGCAGUCUCUUUUGCGGAAGUUUGCUGGCCCUCUGCCUGUAGUUGCAAUAAUUGCUUCAUUCUUAAGUUUCUCUCGCAAUGCGGACAUGCAAUUAGCAAGUGUAAGGGCUCUCACCAGCCUCUGCGUUUCAGCUCAGAAAGCACGGCCUCAUUCGGUCAGCAUAGCGAGCUACAUUUCUUCUCCUGACCAAAGGAAGGUUUUGCGCAAUGUAAUAUGUCAAUUUUUGUCGGAAGAAGGCUGGGUGUCCCAUCAGGAGUUGUUUAUCGCAAUAAUUGAGCUCUUAACUACUGCAGUAAAAUGGCAACCGUCCCUAGUGGCACUGUUUUUAUUUCCAGCCGAACAGUCUCUGUCAACUAUUCGAGUAACUGGCGAUCUCUCCGCGGCACAGUCGGCACACUCUGGUCCUUCAUCUGCAGAUCAUUCAAGCGGAGUACUUGAUGUGCUAUGGAAAACAAUUCUCAAAUCUAAUGAACUUGUUAAAAGCCACCCACAGAUGCUAUCGAGAGUGCUUUUUCUUUUAGCCUCAAUAUGGCAAGAGGGCAUUGAAUACCUUCGCAUUAUUGAGACACUUCGCCAGAAACCAAAUUUUUGGAGAAACCUAGCUUCUGGUCUGUCAUUCAUAAGUGGAUUGACUACUAGUCCAAUUCCUACUCUUCAUCAAAAUACGGGCGACCUAAAUAAACAUGAAAUCCUAUUGCAAGCAUUUAGAUAUAGAUGUGAAGCGUCAAUUUUAACAAUUAUGGCCUGUGACGUGUUUCUACAAAAGUGUCUGCUUUACCCAACAAGCAAUGAACCUACUACUAGUGGUCUUUCACAAAGCAACAAUAAAUCGUCAAGUGGAGAGAGCGCGACCGUCGGGAGCGAUACAAGCUCUAUUGCGAAGCUCCCUUCCUCAAAAUCUGGUGCAUUUGAGAUAAUCAACGAAUGGGCCAAAAAAUCAGUUACGAGCAGCAUACUCAAAUCAUAUACAUUUUGUUCUUAUGAUCAAGAAGUUAUUCUUAGGGCCAAGGCGGAAGCACGAGUGCUGAUUGUGGGUAUGAUGAGAAAGGUUUUAGCUGGGGAUGUUAGAGGCAUUAGUGCUGCUCUUCUUGAGCGCUUGCGACAGACCAUGACACAGGUGUUUCAACUCUCAUCAUUUGAAGAACUUGUAGUACAGUACACCGCACGAGGUUACAGUCAUGGAAACCAGCUGCAGGUCAUGCUUAUGAGUGAUCUUUAUCAUCAUUUACAAGGAGAGAUAGUAGGGGGCAGGCCAUUACCGACUGGACCUUUUCAGCGGAUAGCGGCAUUUCUGUUGACAAAAGAAAUGGAACUUCUGGGUUCAAUUGGUAAAUUCCCAAUUUUAGAAGGGCUGCAUCCUGCAUACGGAAACGGAUAUGUGUAUGAUACUAAGGCCUUAGAAUCCGAGUUAGGUCUUGAGUGGUGGUCCCAGACGGAAACAGCCAUCUUGCCGCCUUCUGUAGUAGAAAGAUCCAUUAGCUAUUUGGAACAAGCGAAUACCAUGGCUAGCUUGGGACACUCGCAGCUGUCUGCUCUCAGAGCGUGGGCAGCUGUGGUUACAGUGUGUAUCUUCGAUAAGCAAGGAGUCCGAAGCGAAGCAGUUGCAUCUGAACUUGAGUGGAAUGAUGAAGACGUGUAUCGAUGUACUGAGGAUCUUUGUGAGGCACUAGAGUCAGCAGUGGUAGCCAUUGGACUUGCAAAAGACACAUCAAACCUUUUGCCUACAUUCAUGGCCAUGCAAGCACAUUUGCUCCUGAUAUUUGCGCGUUGGCUGUGGAACCGUGUCACCCCUUCUUCAUCACGAAAACUUCGGUUGUGGGCUGUUUGUGCAAAGAUCGUUCGGACUACUGUUGGCUGUCUGAAACUCCAGUUAGAUUCUCAUGUAGACUUUCUGCAGCAAGGCGAGGAGCUAGUGAAAGAGCUAUUAGGAGCCUUUAUAAUAGCCUUGGAAGUUAUUUACACUCAAAAUGGAAGCACUGCAGAAAAUGCUGAGGAGAGGACGAUUGAAGGCGGUCAUGAGAUGGGCGAUGCCUUCUCAGAUGUCACUCUGAUGGGACUUGGUUUUCUCCCUGGUCUAUGCACUGCCGUUGAACACCCUUUGUACGCUAAUCUUGCACUUGCAGGAAUAAACCUCUUAAUUAAGGGUUUUAUUGCACCAACUACUUGGAUGCCGAUUCUGCAGAAUCACUUUCCAACUCAAUCUCUUAUUAGAAGGAUACAUGCAGAUGUAAACAGUGAAUCUCCGAGGGUUGCAUUGAAUAUAUGCCUCUCACUUGCCCGCAUGAGAGUGGGCGCAGAGAUGCUGCAAAAUACAGGAAUCUUUUCUCAUCUUCUCACUUUGAGUAAGCAAUUGCAGGACAACAAGGUUAUUUCAAGCAGCAUGGAAGGCCCUUUUAGUGUAUGGCCUAAUCGAGACCAGCCUUCAGAAGGACACAUGUGGAGGCUGCAGUUGGCUGUUGUUACAGCUCUUAUACGUUCGGGGGGUGAGAAAAUUCUUGGGGGAUCACUGGUAGAAAGCGCAUUCACUUAUGUUGCUGCGUUGAAAGAGUUAUUACUGUCAUCUUUACGGGCACCAGUUCCUGGGUUGGAUACUCAAGGCAGGAAAAAGGCAAAGCUGCAACAGCCAAGAACAACUAUCUCGGCAUUGCAGGAAGUGCAGCACGUGAUGUCUUUGAUAUGUGAGCUUGCAAAUCACCAACUGACAUGGGGGCGGACGUUACCAGAAUCUAUUACUGAAUUUGAAGAGAUGAGUUUGCACCUGUUGGCAUACAUUGCCAGAGAGGGUUUAGUUCGAUCUGGAGUCUAUCAUAGCUUCCAUGUAGGCAUCCAGUGCCAUCCAGUACAAAAGGAAGAAAUUAUUGCUCACGGCAGACCGUCUUUUGUAGGAAGCUGUGCCGGGUGGUUUGCACUGUGUGCCAAAGGCUCUACAGUGAAAGAGAGUAACGGAGCAGCCUCUCCUCCUCCCAAGGUUGCACCUCAGGCAGCAGCCGCUUCUCCCACAAGGUCUAGCUCUUCAUUAUCAGGGUCAGGUCUAAUUACAAGUGGGAGCCUUCCAUCUAUUACCUCCAGCGUUACAUAUACAGAGUACUCGGAUCUUGUUGCUAUUAAUGUGUACAGACUAGUGCUUCUUCUUCUCAACUUCAAUUGCAAACAAGUACGACAUGCAGUUGAUAGAUUUGAGGAUAGAGGGGCAAUCGAUUACAGCCAUUUUCCUCAGCUUCCUGCUCCGGAGGUUCUUUAUCACUUACAGGAUCAAGUUGGGGCCGUUCUGAUAGAUAUAUUACGCGCAAGAGAAGGGAAAGUGAUCCAGGAGGCUGUAAAAGAUGUCUGUCUACUUCUCUUCGGUAUUUUGGAAAAAUCUCUUUACCUCGGUGUGGCUGUAUGUAGAAGUUGUGGUCUUACCCCUCAUCCUCUACGAUCUGACGACUUUGGGAAAGAGUUCCGCGCUUUGCUAUCAGCUUCUCAAAAUUUUGAGUUUCUAGAGCGUCCAUUGAGAUCUUUGAAGCGCGUCGUGGCCUUAGCUUUUCCCGAAAUCAGUUGAAUGUAUUCAAGAAUGUGGUACUUUCGCUGCUUCGGCAACAAACCUUAGUUUAUUACUGAAAUGAAGAACCACUCAUGUACCGGUUCUGUUCUGGCUUGGGAGUGUAGUUCCAGAUAAGAAAGGAUACUUCACAUAGCCAAGGUGUUACUGUGGUUGUCCGCCAUGCUGCCCUUUGAUGUUGAGCAAUUGUGUGGAAGAAUGUCGAGAAAUCUUUGCUUCCUUUAGGCGUUUGGGUUUUCCUCAGAAGAUUACAACAAAGACAGUAGGAGUUCUGAAGCUGGUAACGCUUGAUGUGGGUAAGUUCCCAGCAUGCGUAAACAGAAACUUAGCACCGUCAGGUGUCAGAGUUGUGCAUUGUUCUAAUUUUGUGCUUAUAAAUUUCAGAAUGUAAAACAUGUAAAACUCAUCGGUUUUUUA